GAUCGCCCUCCACUCUUGAGUGACACGCGUCAGAACAGACAUGACGUGGAAUAGCCACCAGUGAUAACCUGCUGGGGGGAAUUGCUGUGGUGCCGUCAUUCUUUGGGGAGCGGCGUGGCUCAGUGCUGCGCGGCGGAAAGAGGGAAAAACACGCACAAGUUUAGAACAUAGUCGAAUACACAUCAUGUCUGAACAACCUUACGACCCAUACAUUCCUUCUGGAUCUCGUGGACCCGCUGAGAACGGUAGCGGAGGAAGCAACGGUGCAGGAGGAGGAGGAGCUCAGAAGCAAAAGAUUCGCGCUAUCCAGGAUCAGAUUGAUCAAUCCGUGUCGAUCAUGCACGACAACAUCACAAAGGUCGCAGAACGAGGCGAACGAUUAGACGCUUUGCAGGACAAGACUGACACACUCGCCGUCUCCGCGCAAGGCUUCAGAAGAGGUGCCAGCAGAGUCAGAAAACAAAUGUGGUGGAAAGAUACCAAGAUGAAGAUUCUAUCACCAGUCGGAAUCGGUAUUUGCGUCCUCGUCGUCAUUAUCGUCGUCCCGAUCGUCAAGGCCGUCACCGGCAACCACAAGAACUAGACGUGCUUGCUUAGGUACCGCCUCGCCUGUGCUCACUCCUUUUCCCUCUCUUUUACCCUGUCUGAUCGUCUCGCCUCGAUCUGGCAGUCCACAUACCUUCUUCGCCUCUUCGACUCGUUUCUCUUCUUGUUGUGCAGAAUACUCGUUUGGCUAGAGC